UUGGAAGCAGACGAAAAUGAAAGCGUCGCACAUCUAAUUUAUUCAUUUAUUUAUUUUUACCUAUUACCCACAAUUUAUAGUUAUGAUUUCUUUAGGAUAAACUCUGAAUAUAAAAAUAUCGCCUUAUUUAUGACACUUAUUUAAAUAUAUAUAUAUAUAUUUAUAAAGAUUUAUCUAAAAGACCAAACAAACCCUUAUUCCUUUUAGAAAAAGGGGCCGAAACAGCAUGUCCUCCGUGGGUAGUUUCGUCAAUUAAAAGCUUUACCGCGUCUACUGUGUUCAGUAUUUAAAAGCUUCUUCACCUCCGCCUUUCGUUCAAACCUCACCGCCUCUCCGGCAGGCAUUUUUGCGAUCGAUCAAUGAGCGCACGGUUUUCCGGGCGAUUUCUAGCUGGUGGAGAUGGGAGGAGGAGCGCAUUUUCCGACCAAAAUCCUGCUGCUGUUGCUGUGGGUUUUGGCGGCGGCGGCGGUGGCGGAAUCCAGCAUCGGGGUAAACUGGGGCACGGUGGCGCUCCACCGCCUCUCGCCGGAGGUUGUGGUGGAUCUCUUGAAGGACAACAAAAUCACGAAAGUAAAGCUCUUCGAUGCGGACCCCGCCGUGCUGAGUGCGUUGGCGGGCAGUGGAAUUGAAGUAAUGGUCGGAAUCCCUAAUGAAAUGCUGUCGGCGUUCAGCACCUCGGCAUCCGCCACUGAUUCGUGGGUUGCUCAGAAUGUGUCCAAAUUUGUCGGUAAAGGCGGCGUCGAUAUAAAAUACGUUGCUGUAGGAAACGAACCAUUUCUAACUAGCUAUUCAGGCCAAUUUCAGCCUUACGUUGUGCCUGCUGUAAUGAACUUACAGCAGUCUUUGGCCAAAGCAAAUCUUGCAGGCACUGUAAAAAUAGUUGUUCCUUGCAAUGCAGAUGCCUAUGAAUCGUCCUUACCUUCUCAGGGAACAUUCCGAUCUGAUCUGACCCAAAUUAUGGCUCAGCUGGUUUCAUUUCUAAACUCUACCGGCGCCCCUUUUGUUGUAAACAUUUAUCCAUUUUUAAGCCUGUAUUCGAGCUCCGAUUUCCCUCAAGACUACGCAUUCUUCGGGGGUACGUCGCACCCUGUGGUGGAUGGAUCGAAUAUUUACUACAAUGCAUUCGAUGGAAACCUCGACACUCUAAUUGCAGCUCUAAGCAAGCUUGGAUUCGGUCAGAUGCCAAUUGUUAUCGGAGAGAUUGGAUGGCCAACAGACGGGGCUGUAAGCGCCAAUCUGAAUGCUGCUAAGGCCUUCAAUCAAGGACUUGUGAAUCAUGUUGUAAGCAACAAGGGAACUCCUCUACGGCCGGGUGUAUCCCCUGCGGAUAUCUAUCUUUUCAGCCUUCUCGACGAAGGGGCGAAGAGUAUUCUCCCUGGGAAUUUCGAGAGGCAUUGGGGAAUAUUCACUUUCGACGGGCAGGCUAAAUAUCCGUUGAAUCUUGGAAAUGGUCGAUUGAAGAAUGCGAAACAGGUCAAGUAUCUUCCUUCCAGAUGGUGCGUGGCGAAUCCUUACCGGGAUCUUUCUGCUGUGGCGAACCAUUUCAGGCUCGCUUGUUCUUACGCUGAUUGCACGACGCUUAACUAUGGAGGUUCUUGCAAUGACAUUGGUGAGAAGGGAAAUAUUUCGUAUGCUUUCAAUAGCUACUAUCAGUUGCAGAAACAGAAUCCGAAGAGCUGCGACUUCGAUGGCCUUGGGAUGGUCACUUCAUCGAAUCCUUCCGUCGGAGACUGCAGAUUUCUUGUUGGGGUCACCGAGAACGACGACUCAUCUGGCGUCAGUUUACAUGGCAGAAGGUUCAUGUUCUCAUUGAUCAUUUCUCUUUUGUGCUUUCAUCUGUUGUUGAGAUGAUUUAGAUGUUCUUGAAGUGGGGUUUUCAUGGUUCCCUCUUCUGAAAUUUUCCAGAUAAAACAGACACUUAGGAACUGUUUAGGUUCAGUUGUUGGCUAAUAUCUGUUUCGAACUGCGCUAUCGACGCUUGCUCGACUUUAUAAUGUUACGAUAAACGGAUACGGGUAAUCAGCAAACCUUACUACA